AUGAAGCUGACUCUGGUGCAGAUCUUCUUCAUGCUGCUGCUGUUGCUGCUAGGUCUGGGGAUGGGUCUGGGCCUAGGGCUUCACAUGGCUGCAGCAGUUCUGGAGGAGAGUGAUCAACCACUGAAUGAGUUUUGGGCCAGUGAUUCCCAGGACAGGGAUGAGGCUGCUGAGGAAGGAGAGGGCACCCGAACCGCAGAAACUUUGCUGCUUACAAACCCAGAAGUAGCUGGCUGGCAACCAGAAGAAACCAUUUUCAAUGAAGAUGAGGUUGGGAACAACAAGAUGCUCAGAGCUGAUGUUCUCUUUCAGAGCAGCAAAGACUACCUUAGGUAUAACUUGGUCUCCAGGGAAUGCAAUGCUAUGAUGGCCCACAAAAUGAAGAAGCACAACCAAACCUGCAUAACCCAGUACACAUUCAUCCAUGAGGAUGAAGACACGGUCAAGUCUGUCUGUAACAGUCCAGUCAUUGCCUGUGAACUCAAAGGGGGCAAGUGUCAUAAAAGCCCCCGCCCCUUUGAUUUGACACUCUGCAAGUUGUCCAAACCAGGCCAGGUCACUCCUCACUGCAACUACCUAACUUUCAUUUUUGAAAAAUUCAUUGUUAUAACCUGUAGUGACAUGAAGUUCCAGUUAUCCCCUGGACAGUGA